GAAGGAAGGCCGGUAGCCCCGGCCGGACAGUGCGCAUCUCGUCAUCUUGAGGGAGAAUGGAAUUGGGAAGGGGAGGUAAUCCGGUCACAGAGAAGAGAAAAUCUGCAGAUGCUGGAAAUCCAAGCAACGCACACAAAAUGCUCGAGGAACUCAGCAGGCCAGGGAGCAUCUAUGGAAAAGAAGAAGGAGAGGGGCGGCUAGUAACAAAAGAGAAUGUGCGAGGAGUGAUAACCAUGAAUGAAGAUUAUGAAACCAAGUUCUUUGUAAACACAGCUGAGGAAUGGGAGUCACUUGGAGUCGAACAGUUAAGACUCAGCACAGUUGAUAUACUUGGUGUACCAAAAUUGGAAGAUCUGAAGAAGGGUGUUGAUUUCGUUACUAAAUAUCGUAAAAAAGGAAGCUGUGUCUAUGUGCAUUGCAAGGCUGGACGCUCCCGGAGUGCCACUAUGGUAGCUGCAUAUCUAAUUCAUCUACAUCACUGGAGUCCAAAGAAGGCAUGUGACUAUAUUGCAUCCAUCAGAUCUCACAUUGUUGUUCGCAGUGGACAGUUUAAGAUUCUGAAGAACUAUUAUUGUGAACUUUUCUCGGAGGAGCCAGAUGUCUUGUGUGAAACAAAAAGUGCUGCAGCUUUCAAGUCAUAAAGGAUUCCAGUCUGGACAUAAAUACACUACCACCUUUAAGUAAUUCCUGAUUAAAAUUAACAAAAGGAGGUUGCAAUUUAAGUUCCAACUUUGUGAUCUCUAGAUUUCAGCCGUGAGUUGAUCAUUGUUCUGGUGCAUGAAUAGAGUAUUUUUGCUGUGGAUGUACUGAUAAAGCUACAGCCCAUUUUGAAGUGUUUAUUUUGUUGAAAUAUUUGUUAUUUAUUGAAAGAUGGUGUUAAAAUAGUUUUCAAUCCCAGGGAAGUUAUUUUUCGAAAAAAAAAUUUAGAUGUUAGAAACUUCUUCACUCAUUGUUAAUUUCUGAGUAAUAUGUACAAGUUUUCUGAACAUGUGUAGAAACUGUUAUAUUGUUACGUGUUGAAAUUGCUGUAUCAGCUUGCGCCGGUGAAGGGAUAUUGCAACUUCCACGUUGUUUGUUCAUAAAGACACAUUUGAUGGCUUCGGUCCCUAGUAAAAGCAAAUAUUGUUAUUUAUGAGAUUUGUAAAUGUUAUCUGAGAGGGAGUAAUUCCAUAAAACCAUGCUCUCAAUAGGAGCUGCUCUGCUGGAAAUUUGGGAUUGGAGAAUUGCUCCUGUAAACAUCUUUUUAACAUAAAAUAUUUAACAUGUUAAUAUGUAAAAUUAAUAUUACAUUAUUUAUAAAUAAAUUUAUAAAUAAAUAAUUUUAGACGUCAA